GAUCAUGGCGCCUAAUCAACGUCAACGACAGCUCGUUUUAUCGAAGAAAGAAUUGAAAAAGAUCAAUGGAAGAAGAUUCUCAAAGCCAGAAGAAUCUUCUGAUAUGGGACUCAUUUAUCCUAGUUAUGAUACAGCUUUCAAAUUGCUGUUAUCAGCAAGAUUUUGUUCUGCUAUAUGGAGUCACAUAACAGAUUGUGAUGAAACAUAUAAUUAUUGGGAACCGAGUCAUUACCUGCUCUAUGGAACAGGCCAACAAACAUGGGAAUAUAGUCCUGAAUAUGCGUUACGUUCAUAUAUGUACCUGUUAAUCCACAUGGUACCAGCAAAGGUUUAUCAUUACUUAUUGGAACCAAAUCCCAUGCUAGUUUUCUACUUUAUACGAUGCUUGCUGUCUGUAGGCUGUGCAUUGUCUGAAGUAUACUUUUACAAAAGUAUCUGUCGUGAAUUUGGGAUCCAUGUAGCGAGACUUACAUUAGUAUUUCUUAUUCUCAGCUCUGGGAUGUAUAUUUCUAGUGCUGCAUUUUUACCAUCAUCUUUUUCAAUGUAUCUAAGUACUGUUGCUACAGCAGCUUGGUACGCUCGCCAAUAUGAAUUGGCUAUUUUUGCUACUGCAAUUUCUUCGUUACUUGGAUGGCCAUUUGCUGCAUUACUUGGACUUCCCAUUGCUGUUGAAAUGUUAUUACACAGAAAAGAAUGGAGCAAAUUUAUAAAAUGGGUUCUUAUAUCUGCUGUGGUAAUUGCAAUACCAAUGGUAUGGGUAGAUUCUGUGUAUUUUGGCAAAAUCGUCGUCGCACCAUUAAACAUCAUAUUAUACAACGUUUUUACCAGCCAUGGACCUAAUCUUUACGGCACUGAACCGUUUAGUUAUUAUAUCUUCAAUGGAUUCUUGAAUUUCAACUUUGUCUUUAUUGGUGCAUUACUCGCACCAUUGGGAUUAUUUUUAGCAUGGCUGAUUGUGCCGGCGCGUCCGAGGGAUCGUUUAUGUCUUCCCUAUUGGUAUUCAUUAGCUCCUUUAUAUUUAUGGAUUCUCGUAUUUUUCUUUCAACCACAUAAGGAGGAACGGUUCUUGUUUCCUGUAUAUCCUAUGAUUUGUUUGGCAGGAGCUAUAGCGAUGGAUAUUGUACAGAAGUUAUACUUUUAUGUUACAAUGAAAUUCAAUCCAUCGCAUAUCGGUUGCCACUACCUACAGUAUACUACAUACAUCACCGUUGGGGCGAUACUAGUAUGCAGUCUCUUCGGACUAUCAAGAUCAUUAGCGAUAUAUAAAGGAUACUAUGCUCCCAUGGAAAUCAUGAUUGAAGCUAAUAAACUUGCAACAGAAGGCAAAAUACCUAAUGACGUUAACAUAAAUUUUUGUAUUGGAAAAGAAUGGCAUCGCUUUCCCAGCAGCUUUUUCUUUCCAUCCAAUAAUUGGAAGUUACAAUACUUGGCAUCUGAAUUUAAAGGACAGUUACCUCAACCUUUCUCAGAUGAUGAAAAUGCAACAAGUAUAAUUCAAGCACAUUUUAAUGAUAUAAAUAAAGAAGAACCGUCACGCUAUUUUACUUUAGACAAGUGUCAUUUUUUAUUAGAUCUAGAUAUAGAAACUGAAACAGCAUUAGAACCGAAUUAUUCUCGCUUAAGUGGUCAAUUUACUAUUGUAAAAACUUCUAAAUUUCUAGAUGCAUCGAGAUCACAUCCACUUUUCAGAGCCUUUUACAUUCCAUUUGUAUCGCAUAAGUUUUGUACAUAUGGCUCAUAUAACUUAUUACAAAGCAAUACAUUUAAAACGAUAGUUUCGCAUUCAAAGCAAAAAAAUUCCAAACUUUCUUAAGUAAAGAACGGGGUUUUGGAUCAGUAAGAUUAUGCAAUUCGGAUGAAAAAAGUGAUUUCUAUUAUUUUAUAGAGUAUAUUUGUAUAAUAUAUAUGUACAUAUAUUAUAGAUAGUCAAAUCAAUUUAAGUU